GCAGCCAUUCUUAGGCACAGCAGCGUUCACUUUUCCUCGAUAGUAAAAUAUGGCUAUGCCUUCCCUGCCAAUGGCCGUCCCUACCCAAACACCUUCACCAAAAACUGAUGAGCCAAAAAUUAUCCGUCCAGCGGUAAACUUUUCCCCAUCUCUGUGGGGCUGUAGUUUUGACUCAUUUUCUUUGCUAGAUUCGAAAUUUGAAGAGUACACAAAAGAAGUGGAAUUACUUAAAGAAAAGGUGAAGGAUAUGUUAAUGCAAUCUACAAAAGACUUAGCAGAGUAUAUUGAACUCAUCAAUUUGCUAUGCUACCUUGGUUUGUCUUAUCACUUCGAGACCGAGAUUGAAAAGCAAUUACUUCAUAUUUUCAAUUCUCUUCCUAAUCUUUUUGAUGACAAUGACUAUGUUUUCAAUUCUCUUCCUAAUCUUUUUGAUGACAAUGACUAUGACCUUCACACUUUGGCCAUUUUAUUUCGUGUUCUGAGGCAACAUGGACAUAAAAUGUCCUGUGAUGUGUUUAACAAGUUCAAAGACAACAAUGGAGAGUUCAAGAAAACCAUCACCAACGAUUUAAAAGGUCUCCUUAGCUUAUAUGAAGCUAGUUUCUUGAGCGUGCGGGGAGAAGAUGUUUUAGACGAAGCCUUUGCUUUUGCUAAGCAACACAUGGAAAUCUUAGCUGCUCAAUCAAGCCCAAAUCUUGCAAAACAUAUAAGGAAUAUUCUAACAUGGCCCUUCCAGAGAAGCAAUGAAAGAUUCAGGACUUAUCUAUUUAUAUCCUUUUAUGAAGAAUCCUUUUACGAUUCUCCAACUGAAGCUCUUCUCAGAUUUGCAAAGUUGGACUAUAAUAGACUACAAUUGUUGUAUAGACAAGAGCUGGCCUUGCUGUCGAGGUGGUGGAAAGACUUAAAUCUGAUGGAAACGCUUCAUUAUACAAGAGACAGAAUAGUGGAAGCCUAUGUAUGGGCAAUGGGAUCCAUUUUUGAGCCUCAAUAUGCUCUUGCUCGACAUCUAAUUACUAAACAUGUACAAUUGGAAGCAGUUGUAGAUGAUACAUAUGAUGCAUAUGGUACACUUGAUGAACUUCAAUCUUUUACAGCUGCACUUGAAAGGUUUAGUAUGGAUGCUACUGAUGAGCUACCGGAAUACAUGAAAGUUCUUUAUAAGGCUAUCUUCAAUCACUUUAAAGAAACAGAGAAUAAUGGCAAUGAAGGAAGCUCUUACAAAACCUCUUUUGCUAGGGAGAUGUUGAAGGAACUGACAAGAGGUUACCUAACCGAGUUUUAUGUCUUACAGGAAGAGCAAGAAAGAGGAGAUUGUCCUUCAGUCGUAGAGUGUUAUAUGAAUGAAUAUGGUACCACCAAAGAAGAGGCGGUUAAACAUAUUGAAAAACUGUGUAUAAAUGCAUGGAAGGACAUAAACGAGGAAAUGUUGAAGCCAAGUCGUGUCUCAAAGAUUGUGCUCAAAUAUUUUCUCAAUUUUGCACGCAUGUCAGAAUUUCUAUACAAAUUCAAGACUGAUCCCUUUACUAACCCUUCACUUUUAAAAGAUCAUGUCUUAGCAUUGCUCAUUGACCCACUGCCAGUCUAA